GUUUUCAAAAAUAAAAAAAAAAAUUGUGAUUUUGAGCGUUUACAAAGAUGAAAAUACUUUACAAAAUUGAAGAUAAUUUGCGGGUAAAUGAAACCUGAAUUCGAAAGAUUUGUAUUCAUGUUUUAUUGCUGUUUUGAUGAAUUUAUGACAAGCUCAAGAACUUACACAUCGCAAGGAGUUUGCUGUACCUUAGGAAGUUGAAUGAUGUCGCAAGACUUUCAAAUGCAAAAGAAAGCAUUUUUCUAAUAUGGGUCAUUAUGGUAGAAAUGUUUCACGAAAAGAUUAAAGGUCAAGACUAAGAAAAUCAAAGAAAAUAGCUUGAGUAAGAUUCCCUAUCCCUUGGAAGAAGACCGUUAUUUUUAAACCAAAAGACUUCAAAAUGAUGUUCCAACAUAAACAACUUGUAUUUAUGAUGCUAAUAUUGAUUGUUAGUUCAGCGACAGCAGCGAAAAAAAUGCGUAGACCUGUUAAGCCGGCGAAAACAUUUCCCCGAACUAAUGUAACACCUUCGCCAGCUCCAUUAAUUGUCUCCACAUCAUCAUCUACAGCAGCUCCAAUUCCAGUAACAGAUAAUAUUGCUGAAGAAUCAUAUCAAUCGAUGUCUGUGGUUGCACCAAGUGGAGCAGCUAUUGAGGGUGAAUUACCAAAGCCAUUGGCAGCUGCUAUGAAUGGAGAUGUGUCAGAGUCAAAGAGUGAAAAACCAACUAUUAGUCCAGUGGGUAUGAUUGAGGAGGAAUGUGAUCCGGAUAUGAUUGGAUUUGAAAUUAUUACAGGGUAUGUUUUGUCGGCGCCAUCCAAACUACUCGACACCAUGCCCGGAAUUCUUAUGCUAACCGAUUGCUUGGAGGCGUGCCAACUCAAUGAAUCAUGCUCGGCUGUCAACUACGAAACGGGACUAUGUGUUCUAUUCAAGUCCAAUGCCGAUAAGUUGCCUGGUUCCCUGUCCCGUUCGCAAUUCCCUGUUUUCACAAUUUACGCACAAAAAUCCUGCCUGGGAGUGCGUCCAUGCUCGAAGGCAUGGUGCAUUGACAGAGUGCAAAGUCAUCGUUUGGUUGAUCAUAUCAAAUCCAGUCAUACGGUUUAUUCAAGACGCGAUUGCCUUGAGUUGUGUUUGGGUGAAACUGAAUUUACUUGCAGGUCAGCAAACUACUACCAUCAUUCAGGACUUUGCGAGAUGUCCGACAUGGAUCGUAUUACCUUAACUGGGUCUUCACAUUUCGAACCCUAUGAGGGAUCAGACUAUUUGGAGAACAACUGUGCCGAGGAACCUAGCAAACUUUGUGAGUUCAAGAGGAUUUCAGGAAAGAUUUUGAAGACAGUUGACUCCGUCUACCAGGACAUCAAUAGCAUUGAAGAAUGUCGAGACCUCUGCUUGAACUCUCCAUACAGAUGCCACUCAUAUGACUUCAAUGAUACCGGAGAUAUGGUCUGUCGCCUCAGUCAUCACAGUCGUGCCACCCUAACCGAUGUCUUAGACCCCUACCUUGAUGUCCCAGAAGCAGCAACUUACGAACUCUCAUCCUGCUACAAUGUCUCCAUCGAAUGCAAAGCUGGCGAAAUGAUCACAAAAAUUCGCACCUCAAAACUUUUCAAUGGCAAGGUCUAUGCUAAGGGCUCACCAAAAUCUUGCUCCUUCAAUGUGAACAACUCCCUCGAAUUCGACUUCCGAAUGGGUUACAACGAUCUCGAGUGCAAUGUACGCCAAAGUGCUUACGGCCGUUAUAUGAACGACAUUGUUAUCCAACACCACGACAAGAUCGUCACCUCCUCCGAUUUGGGUCUAGCUGUCUCGUGCCAAUAUGACUUGACCAACAAGACGGUCUCAAAUGAUGUUGACCUCGGGGUCACUGGCGAAAUUGAAUCUUCUCUCAGCGAAGAAAUCAUCAUCGAAUCACCGAAUGUUAUCAUGAAGAUCACUUCACGUGAUGGUAGCGAUAUGAAAAGGAUUGCCGAAGUUGGUGACCCUCUUGCGUUACGUUUCGAAAUUGUCGAACAAAACAGCCCCUAUGAGAUCUUCGUACGCGAAUUGGUGGCAAUGGACGGCACCGACAAUGCCGAGAUCACCCUGAUCGAUGCAAAUGGCUGCCCAACGGAUCAUUAUAUUAUGGGCGCCAUUCAAAAGCAUUCGGGCAAUCGUAAGGUCUUACUAUCACAGUUUGAUGCUUUCAAGUUCCCUUCGUCGGAGGUGGUGCAGUUCCGUGCGCUGGUAACACCGUGUAUUCCAAGGUGUGAGCCGGUUAUUUGCGAUAAUGAGGACAUUGCAAGUGGUGAAUUGAAAUCGUUGGUAUCGUUUGGACGCAGGAGGAGGUCCGUUAAUGCCACAGAAUUCACAACAAGCCGCCGAUCGAAACGUGAUGUCAGCCAUAAGCCGGCCGAUGAUAACAUCCUGCUGGUGCAAUCAAUUCAAAUUACGGACAAAUUUGGAUUCAAUCAAGAGGACGACAAUACAUUCGGUGAUGCCGAUGCCAAGGAGAAGAUCUAUGCUGCUGUUGCUGGUGAUGAGGUGUUUGGUUGUCUUAAUGGCUAUGGACUUAUCAUUGCCUCAGCUAUGUUCUUGCUGGCUCAACUAACAGUCAUUGCAAUUUGGAAAAAGGUCCAAAAGCGAAACAAAAAGGAAACCUAUCUUUAUAACCAUCAUCAAGCCCAUCCAAACACACCAUCGAACUUUGCACCCAACAUGGUUUACGGUCAGCCCUGUGGAAGUCCCAGUGACACAUUAGGAAAACUUUACGACAGCGGUAUGUCAGGACGAUAUGGUCAGCAGUUUUGAGUCAUAAAUCUCCAAAACCCCCGAAGCCUCUUAAAAUUAAUAAAAAAGAAAGGUGGAUAACUAGAAAUUAAAAGAAACUGCUGAAAAACCAGCUUCUGCUGAUGCAUUAGAUUUUUUUUUUAGAGUUUAAAAAGCAACUUAAGACUUUUUUUUUUAAUUUCUAUUUAUUUAAAUUAAUUUUAGUUAAAUUUUUAAAUUAAAAAAAUUAAUUUAAUAAUUUUAAUUCUAUUUAUUUUCCCUUCACUCUCGUUGAGUUUAAUCAGUUUCAUGCUAUGCCCGAUUUUAAUAAACAAAUAAAUCAAGACCGGAACCUUCAUUAACAGAAAACAAAAAGUUUUAGAUUUUAUACCUCAUUCUAAACAACAUAAAAUUCUAAAACUUAAACAAAAAAUAAAUUUAAACAAAUAUACUCUAAUUUAUAAGUUUAAUAUUU